AUGGACUCGCUGAGUGAUGUCUUGCCAUUUGAUGUGAAACUUUCAAGUAACCAGCCAGUUCCACAGACGCCACCAGAGGGACCCGCACAGCCACCAAGCAUGAGUCAGAGCAUUCCCUUGGCAGUUGUCAACAGUGGAGCCAUGCUACAACCGCCUUCACUCCAACCAUCUCCAGAGAUGCCAACCUCUGGAGACCUAAAAUCGGGAGACUGUCUUUUUUUCACCCCCCCCCCCGGAAUUUUAACGAACCCCCCCCCCAAAAAAAAAUGGACCCAGCCCCCAAUGGGAAUGACUUAGGACAUUAUAUGAUGUCUUACAUGAUGUGCAUACUAUCAAAAUUCAAAAUCAUCGUUUUGAUGCUAGAAAUAAUCUUUGUCGGUGACUAAAUACGUGCAAAAAUGCCCCAGAAACCGUACUGUGAAUACGAAAGUCUUCAAUAUUUAUAGUGGACAUAAAAAGCGGGAGAUUUAUGUACCACAGUGGGAGAGCGGGAGACAAGGCAAAAAAGGGUAAGUCUUCCGCCAAAAGCGGGAGAGUUGGCAUCACUGCAUCUCUGCGAUCACCACCAUCCACCAUUGAUCAGAACGCCCCAAUUGUGCAGUGCAGAUACAGCAGUCACAGCCUCACAGAUGAUAACCGGCGAAAGGUUGAAUCGAUAGUUUCCUUUGGAGGUAACAUUAUUACAACCACCAUGACCUGCAUAGACGUCCUCUAUACGGACGAAGGAUUGGCUGACGGCAACACUUCUGGGUCUAAUGGCCACCAGCAGUUGGAUGAGUUAAAGCUCCUUUUUCUAGAGUCGGCGCUCCGUCAGAAAUUUGAAUCUCCAGUUUUUACUAGCCAGUGGGAGGGUGUUCGAACACGCAUCAACACCACAUGCAGGGGGAAAAGACGAACUGUAAUUAGAAGACUACAGAAAACUACAAAU